GGAGGGACCGAGUAUGGCGUAUGGUUUGAGUCUUGCGCAGCCUGGCGCGGCGCAGCAGGGUGAGGAGUCUGGGGACGGGGACCGCUUGAUGACCGACGCAGAGGGUCCUGCCGACGGGGAGACCCCGCAAGCAGCGAGGAAACCGCUCACGCAGGAUGAGGUGGCGCUGCAGGCGCUGAUUCGCGAGACUCAAGGCGAUGCGGGGGACGCACGUCGGUCAGAUCUGGUGAUCGAGUCUACUGCUGGUGGCGACGGCCGAUACGACGAGACGACGUCGUUCAAGGCAGAUGUUGCAGCGCGACCCGAGCCAGCAUCCCUAGACCAGUACAACGCCAUUCCUGUCGAGGAUUUCGGCGCUGCCUUGCUACGGGGGAUGGGCUGGAAGGAAGGCCAAGCGGUCGGACGCGGCAAGUACGGCAGCAACAACGCCAAGGCGGUGGGAGCCCCAAAGGUUCCUGAGCGACGGCCUGGGUUCCUGGGAAUCGGGGCUAAGGAUGCCUCUGGGGGUAAGGGGGCGGAGGCGGAGCUUGGGGCUUGGGGGAGGGCGGCUAUGCGCAAGGGGUCGAGGAAGUCUGGGAAGGAGGGUGAGCCGAAUACCGAGGGCGUUUAUAUGCCUGUUAUGAUGCGGAAUACGCAAACGGGCGAGUUCGUCACGGAGGAGGAGCUAUCUGCUUUGCAGAAGGACUCGAAGACGAAGAAAGCGGAUGACGACGAGUGGAAGGAACGACGAGAUCGGAAUCUAGAAAAGAGCGGCCGUGAUCGAGACCGCGACUCUCGACGACGCCGAGACGACGACUACGACGAUCGUUCGGAGAGGAAAUCAUCCCGACGAGAUCGGAGUCGCUCAUCCAGUGACCGACAUUCCCGACGACGGAAGUACGACGACGACGAUGACGAUCGAUACUACCGAGAUCGAGAUGAUAAAGAUCGUGACCGUCGUCGCGAUCGAGACCGCGACAGCGACAGAGACCGAGAGAGGAGCCACCGAUACCGAGACGAUGACCGGUACAGCAGCUCGCGACACUCGUCGAAGGAGUCGAGUAGGCACGGACGAGAUCGAGAGCGGGAUCGGGAUCGUGGCAGUGACCGUGAUCGUGACUCUCAUCGGCGACGGAGGUAUGAUGAUAGGUGAUCUAUUAUAUACAUCUACUUGUGUUGAUGGGUGUGUUCGAAGGUUUAGUUGAUACCAUGUCAUGAUAGGGCUGUUCGAUUCCAAGCUUGGAGGAUAAUGUCAACUAUAUUGCUUGUAAAAUGGAUAGCUA